AUGGCCCGAUUCGCGAGGUUGCUGCCCAGCGACCACGCAGCGGUAAAGCCCAGAUGUGACGAUUUUGGUAUUAUUGUUGAUUUUCGCUCUGGUCGGUGGACUGGACACUGGACCAUCCACUUUGGUGACUUGCCAUGGCAACGUGCGACGGCGAGUAUUCAACAGACCUCGAUGAAGCUGGAGUGGGUAUUCACGCAAAUUGCACGAUGGGGUCUGCGGAGUCGAGAACCACUGGAUGAGACGGGAUGGUCCGUCCGUCGAGUGCGCUCCGUUUCGUGA